CGUUUCCGUAGCCAGUGUCGCUACCCGCUGAGCUCUGGCUGGUGAGACAGCUCACGGAAACGAUUGCUCCCGAUCGAACAACGCCAAAGCUGGCCACAUAAAUGGCGGAUUAACACUGAUAUCGGAAAGGACUCUCUAAAUCAAUGUUCGUGAUUUGGGUGCUUUAGGAGAGUGCGCUGGUAACACCCUCCGUAACAUGUGAGAUGUAUACAGAAAGAUAUUAACUGUGCGUUAUUUCUCGGCUAACUAGCUAGCAGCUACCCCCUCUAUCCAAUUUAUGGUAGUUCGCUUGAUCUGUUUUCAGAACCGUCGCGUCCGUACAGGAGGAAAAUGAAGAAGUUUAACAUUAGAAAGGUGCUGGACGGCUUGACAGCGGCUUCUUCUUCCUCCUCCGCAACUGCUCAGCCAGGAACUCCCAGGGAAACCGAUGUUAUCCAGGAGACUCUCCAGUCGGAGCAUUUCCAGCUUUGCAAGACUGUGCGUCAUGGCUUCCCACAUCAUCCUUCCUCAAUGGCUUUUGACCCAGUGCAGAAAAUCUUGGCCGUUGGGACUCAGACAGGAGCUUUGAGGCUCUUUGGCCGUGCGGGCGUGGAGUGCUACUGUCAGCAUGAGAGCGGUGCUGCUGUCAUCCAGCUCCAGUUCCUGAUCAACGAGGGGGCGCUGGUGAGUGCGUUAGCUGAUGACAGUAUCCACCUGUGGAACCUGAGGCAAAAAAUCCCCGCUAUCCUGCAUUCUCUCAAGUUCAGCAGGGAGAGAAUCACAUACUGCCACCUGCCCUUCCAGAGCAAAUGGCUUUACGUUGGCACAGAAAGAGGAAACAUCCACAUUGUCAACGUGGAGUCCUUCACUCUCUCAGGCUAUGUCAUCAUGUGGAACAAAGCCAUCGAACUAUCCACCAAGACUCACCCGGGGCCUGUCGUGCACAUCAGUGAUAACCCCAUGGAUGAAGGAAAGCUUCUGAUUGGAUUUGAAUGUGGGGUAGUCGUGUUAUGGGAUUUGAAGUGCAAAAAAGCUGACUACCGCUACAGUUAUGAUGAGGCCAUCCACUCAGUAGCCUGGCACCAUGAGGGUAAACAGUUUGUUUGCAGCCACUCUGAUGGCACUCUGACCACAUGGAAUGUACGAGUCCCAGCCAAGGCUACACAGAUCAUCACACCACAUGGAAAGCAGCCUAAGGAUGGAAAAAAGCCAGAACCAUGCAAGCCUAUCCUGAAGGUGGAAUACAAAACAACAAGGGCUGGGGACCCAUUCAUGGUCCUUUCUGGAGGUCUGUCAUACGAUACGGUGGGGAGGAGAGCCUGCCUGACUGUGAUGCAUGGAAAGAGCACCACCGUCCUGGAGAUGGACUACCCAAUUGUAGAUUUCCUAACGCUGUGUGAAACUCCAUAUCCAAAUGACUUUCAGGAGCCUUAUGCUGUGGUGGUCCUCCUCGAGAAGGAUUUAGUUGUAAUAGACCUUGGACAGAUUGGGUACCCAAUAUUUGAGAAUCCAUAUCCUCUGACCAUCCAUGAGUCACCAGUGACCUGCUGUGAGUACUUCGCUGACUGCCCUGAUGAAAUUAUUCCUGCACUUUACUCUGUCGGCAGCCGGCAAAAGAGACAAGGUUACAGCAAGAAGGAAUGGCCCAUUAGCGGAGGAAACUGGGGUCAAGGCACUCAGAGUUACCCUGAGAUCAUAAUCACUGGACAUGCUGAUGGGACGAUCAAAUUCUGGGAUGCCUCUGCAUUAAUGCUCCAAGUGCUGUACAAGCUGAAGACUGCCAAGGUUUUUGAGAGGGCUCGCGGUAAGGAGGAUAAGUCAAGUACAGAAAUAGUAGAGGAGGACCCGUUUGCCAUCCAGACCAUGUCCUGGUGCCCUGAGAGCAGGAUGCUCUGUGUGGCUGGGGUUUCUGCCCACGUUAUCAUCUACAGGUUCAGCAAACAAGAAGUCACCACUGAAGUUGUGCAGCUUUUGGAGGUGCGGAUGCAGUGUGAGUUUAGCAAUGGGGACUCCCCUGAUACAGGAGGGGAGAAGACCCCUACCCUGCCCACCCCGGGGGCCUCCUCCAGCCCUCAGGAGAGCGAGCCACCCACUCAACCCUCCACAGGCAGCAAUUCCACCGAUGGACCCCGGGACAAUAUACCAUGCCUGCAGGUGCGGAGCUCCCCGCUAAAGCAGUCUCCGGGCUACCAGGUGGAGCUGGUGAUCCAGCUGGUGUGGGUGAGCGGGGAGCCACCUCAGCCGAUCACCAGCCUGGCUAUCAACUCCUCCUACGGCCUUGUGGUGUUUGGAAACACUAAUGGUCUGGCUGUGGUGGACUACCUCCAGAAAACUCUGCUCCUCAACAUGGGCACAACGGAACUGUGCAGCCCAUCUGACCCCUACCCAAGGCAGCCUCGCUCCCCUCGCAAACCGCGACAGCCUUCUGGAGACAUUCCAACUGUGACGUCUUGCAUGUCCAGACUUUCUAAAUUGUAUACCGAGUCUGUGAAAAAACUACGCUCAUCUCACUUAACACCCUGCGAUACCAACGAUGGGUCCAACACCUCAGAGGACCGCUGCAAAUCACCUACAUCUGGCUCUACCUCACCUUGCAAUUCUGAUGAUGAGCGCAAACAGAAGUUCAUAGAGAAGGUGAAGUUCAAAAGCAGACGCUUUUCCAAGACGGUUGCCAAUGACUUUGCCAAGAUGUCACGGAGAAUUAGCUCAUCUAGCGAGCAAAAGACAGACGUGGAUGCCAAGGAUAACUCAUUCACCCGCUCACGUAGUUCAAGUGUAACCAGCAUAGACAGAGAGUCUCGGGAGGCCAUCUCCUCCUUUCACUUCUGUGAGAGUUUCCCCAGGAAGGUGGACAGCCUGGUCAGCCCCUGUCUGCUGGUGGGAACCACCCAGGGCUCUGUGAUGAUGGUGGCCCUUAGCUUGCCACCCGGUGGGGACCAGAGGCUGCAGCAACCAGUUGGCAUCUCCUCCUGUGGCACUAUGGUCAGACUCAAAGGAGGCAUUUUGACUAUGGCCCUGUUGGAUGCCACUGGAACUCUGCUGCCCCCUUCCUACGAGCCGUGGUAUGACUCAAAUGCCUCCGAAGAGGAGAAGGAGAAGAGCCGGAAGCGCAGGCCAGCCUCCCCUCCCUCUUCACAAGACGGUCAAGAUUCCCAGUUCGCCGUGCUGUGUUCGGAGAAACAGGCCAAGGUGGUGGCCAUGCCCUCCCAAACCCGCAUCUACAAACACAGCAUCACAGAGUCCUCCUUUGUGCUGAGGGCUGAUGUUGUGCAGAUGUCCGGAGCCAACUGCAUCACCUGUUUCUGUGCUAAUGGGCAUAUAAUGGCUCUAAGUUUGCCCAGUCUAAGGCCUCUGCUGGAUGUAAACUACUUGCCGCUGACCGAUAUGAGGAUAGCCAGAACAUUCUGCUUCUCCAAUGUGGGUCAGGCCCUAUACCUCACCUCCCCAACUGAGAUCCAGAGGAUCACUUAUAGCCAGGAGACCUGCGAUAACCUGCAGGAGAUGCUCAGUGAGUUAUUUACCCCUGUGGAGACACCAGAGGCUCCUAACAGAGGUUUCUUUAAAGGCCUUUUUGGGGGAGGAGCUCAGUCCCUGGACAGGGAAGACCUCUUCGGUGAAACAGCUGCUGGUAAGGCUUCCCGUAGCCUGGCCCAGCACAUCCCUGGUCCAGGGAGCAUGGAGGGCAUGAAGGGUGCAGCAUCAGGGGUUGUGGGAGACCUGGCUCGCGCCCGGAUAGCACUGGACGAGAGAGGGCAGAAACUGGGCGAGCUGGAGGAAAGAACUGCAGCCAUGAUGGCCAGCGCAGACUCCUUUUCCAAACAUGCUCAUGAUAUGAUGCUGAAGUACAAAGAUAAGAAGUGGUACCAGCUCUGAUGGCAGCGCGUGGAGCAUCGGACUCUGUAAUCACGCACACCAGUGUCUCUUAAGAGCUGCAGGUUCCUCUACUUCUCUUCUCUAUUCCUCUCCACGGGGGGUUCUGCUCAACAGACUUGUGCUUUUAUUCUUGGUACAAUAUCAUACACUCUGCAUUACCUCAGUCACCGGAGGACUGCUGCGGAGUUGACACUGGCUGACCCAACGUAAUGAGAAUGGAAAGAAAUGGAAGAAGAGAACCCCUUAGGAAUCUCUCUUUCCAUUUCUCCUGAGAGUGAUGAUGUUUAUUUAACAUCAGUACACCAAACAGAAGAGAGGGGACCUAUCAUUUCCAUCAUCAUGCACUCAUAUAUACCCUGCUGUUUUGUUCUGAUUGAGGAAAGACAAUUCUGCAAAAGAUGUACUUGUAGUGGCCUGAUUGCAAUUGUUCUUUUUUCUCUGCCCUUUAUCGUGUCUGCCAAACACAGUGGACAUAAAUGAGGAGAAAAGUCUGAUGAACCCUUGUCCUUCAAAUCUAAUCAAGUCAAAUGAAGAUGCAAGUCUGUAUAGGAAUGAUUGAAUCAGUAAAGGGCAUGUGUAUGUUUGUUUUUCUGGUUUAAAUUAUUUUAUUAUUAGAGUCCCUUUUUGUCAUGUUUUGUCCAUAAAGGGCCUCUCAAGCACUUAAAACCGUAUAGAAUAGACAGGGAGUUAAUGAAAUGCCUCUCACCGAAUAAGGGCUGGUAGUGUGCUAGUUCAUCACCGACCAUUUCUUUUACUGCAUUUUCCAACCAAGUUGUUUUAAGUGAUAAAGACUAAUGCUGUGUUUUCUGAGAGUCACCUUUUGUUUUUAUUUUAAAUUACAUUAUUUAUUGGAACAGUAAUAGGAAGUAAAAUUAGUCUGUAUGUUGGCCAUUAAAAUUUUUCCUUUGUUAAUUAAAUGGGCUAAGUGCUGAAAUGUUUACCCCCACUGAAGAGUUUACAUUAAUCUAUCAGAAAAACUAAGAGUUGAUACACUGGAAAACCCCUGAAGGGCUUAUAUUCUUCUAGCAUUCAAGGGGCUGUAAUAGCUAAGUCACGUAUGAGAGGGAUAUGUGGAAGGGCAAGACAAGGAUUGUCCUUGUAUGAUUAGCAUAAAUGUAUAUUUUGGUUACAAUUUUAUGUGAUAAAGAUUCUAUCUAUACAUGCUUAUUCAGAUUUGUUUUUUUGCAUUCUGUCAUAACUGAUGUUUUUUUUUUGUUUUUUUUUGUCUGGUUUCUCAAUAUGUACGGAAAAAAGCAUGUGUCUCUUACAGCACAAUGGAAAUGGUAAUCCUGUCUUUGUAUUUGUAGCUGCCAGUAGAAAUGACCAAGCACCAUAGUGUUCCUCACAAGGCCAUUGGUCAUUUCUCUCUCAGCCAUUCACUUAAACACUGUUUCUCUUCUGCCUUUGCCUCAUGACACAUAUAUGCUAACCUCUACCUAUAUGUAUGUCUGUGUGUUUGUGAACAUGCAUAUAUUCAGGAAUAUGUGUAUGGGCGCCAAUAUUUAUAAUACUACAUAGAUACAGUGUAUUACAAUAGGUCUUUUGAGGUUCUUGUUUUUGCUUGACUGUGUUUUCAAUGUGAUUAACUAGAGUUCUAUUGUAAUUAGAUUUCUUUUUCAUGAGGUGCAAGGACAUGCUGCUAUUUGUGUCAAUGUAGGAGCAUUACUUGUUGGUCUGUUAUUUUGAAAAGAGAGACUUUGACGGUCUGGAUUGCUGCCAAAUGUUGUAAAUAACGGGACAGCUGGACACAAAUCUGAUAGUGCAGGUUCAGGCUACGUGACAUACUGUACACUUGCGGCCAUGUUCUUUUUUGACACCAAAGAGUUGCUUAAUUUCACAGAGUUGUCUUGAUUUUUUUCCCAAAUGGUAAGAGUUAGUCGGGGUAUCUUGGACAGCACUCUUAAAUAAGAAGUCUACUGUCUGUAGGGUUGGACAGUAGAUUGGCUUUAGCUUCUUUUAUGGGCAUGUCACCCUCAUUACCCAAACUCCUUUACAGAGGAUAGGCAAAGUGAAUUUGAAGAGUUUCAUUCCAAAAUGAGAGAUCCACCAAAGAAGAGCAUGCGACACUGACUCAAAGUAAAUGGCUGCAGGCAUGAAGUAAAACUGUUAGAUGUUUUGAUCCAUUUUCUUGGAUUUUCGAGAAUUAAAUCCUGUAUACUUAGGAGAUGAUCAGUGUUCGAUUAGACCAAAAAUGUUUUAUCCAAGAUGGAUAUACAGCCUUUUGGAAUAAAACCCUUCAAUUUUUACUGCCUGAUUUUAAUCUACUCUACUGUAUACUGCUGAGAUAAACCCAUUUCAAAGAGCAGUUAUAUGGGUUUUGCACUUGCACAUUUUUUGUACUUGUAAUUUUGUUAUGAGUUUUGGUGUGUUUAUUCUAACCCCAUUUUCUUAUUUUUGAAAGGACCAAAACAUGACAGAACCUAUGCUUAUCUAUGUCAUUUGGCAAUUAUGCUGAUUGCUUCACUCUCAGAUUUGUUUUCAAUGUCAGGUCAAUGAUAAUAUAUUAUAUAUUUGAAAACAAAUAUAUAUAUAUGCUUUUAAUUUCAAUAAUAUAUUAAAAAUGAAUACCUUAAAUGUAAUUUUGGGAGAAAAUAACUCACAUUAAUGUCAAAACAAUGGUUGUGCAUAAUGAUCCAUCAUCCAGACAUGAAAAUAAAAUAAUCCUGGUUAUAUAUUGAACACACUCAUCUCUGCUACUGCAGGAGGGUCAUCUCCACUUGGUGGGCUGCUGAGUCUUUCUACAAAAUGUGGCCUCGACUAUAAAGUGCUUCAGUUUGCAACAGAUGUGUCCUAAAUGGUCUCUUAUUGCACAUUGAAGGAUGCAUGAUAUUAAGUGUUUACAAACUUGAAACAACCAUGUAUUAUCCCUCUUAGAGAUUGUCUGUUCUGGCAUUUGUAUUCACCACCAUGUUGAACAAAACUGAAGUUCUCUUCACACAUCAGAAGCGUGUCCCAUUUUCAUUUGAUCAUGCCAAUUGUAUAAGUGUGAGAGAUUAUAUUUAUUUUAUUGGUACAUUUGUUUAAGUUACUGGUUGCUUAAUGAAAACUCUUGCUUUCCCUGCACUGUAGAAAUGCAUAGAAAGCAAAGAUAGGCUCACAGCACCGCACAGGAGAGCUUAAACGUUUCUCAGUCGCCAUACUUCCAUCCCUCUGUCUGUCUUCUGGGAUGAAUAUCUGUGGAGUUGCAGUAUUUUCUCAUAGUAGGCAAUUUUUGUACAGUUUUAUUAAAGUAAAUUUCACAUGGA